CAUAUCUUCCGAAAAAGCAAAAGAUAGCGCGGAAAAACUCAUUUGUUUAAUCUUUUAUUGGUUUUGCUCUUUUUUUUUUUUCCCCUUCGAUAAUCUCGUAAAUUUCAUAUGAUGGGGCGAUAAAGCUCGGUCUUCCCUCCGACAACCUCCGUUGAGGUCAGCUGCGUUGAAGAUGAGCGUCCAUGAGGCAGGAACCGUGCUGCCUUGCCCUUUUUCUCCAUAACCCACCAUCCUUUCCUUCCCCCGUCUUGUCUCCGCAUCCGGUUACUCCUGCAGACCCCUCUGUAGCUGAACCACCGCGAGAGAGGAGGGGACCUCCUCGAAGGAAAUGGAGGAAGGAGGAGGAGGAGACGGGAUUGAGGAGGCCAGCACGAGUGUGAGCUUGAGCGGGGGAGGAGAGUCGAGGUGGGUCGAUGGGAGUGAAGUGGAGGACUCCUCGGAGUCAGCGGCUCCUUCCUGGCCGGUGAUCGACGGUGGAGGGGGCGGCGGUGAGGCAGACAGAGGAGAUGGGUACGGUUACCUGAGGAGGAGGCUCGUGAAGAACCCCAGACGGGUUGACUCCUUUGACGUCGAGGCGAUGGAGAUUGAAGGCGCUCGUCGUCACCGCUCCAAGGACACUUCAACAUGGCAGACUCUUGCUUUAGCAUUUCAAACACUGGGCGUAGUAUACGGUGACAUGGGCACCAGCCCUUUAUACGUAUUCAGUGAUGUGUUUAGCAGGGUCCCAAUCGAGUCAGACGUAGAUGUCCUUGGAGCUCUCUCACUUGUCAUGUACACAAUUGCCCUUAUUCCUCUAGCAAAAUACGUCUUCGUGGUGUUGAAAGCCAACGAUAAUGGGGAAGGAGGAACGUUUGCUCUGUACUCGUUGAUUUGCAGAUAUGCAGACAUUAGUGUUCUUCCUAAUCGUCAGCCUGCUGAUGAGCUUAUCUCGAGUUAUAGACUCAAAUUGCCUACACCAGAACUGGAGAGGGCUCUCAAUAUCAAAGAAACUCUUGAGAGGAGAUCCUCGUUGAAGACUACCCUCUUGCUGCUGGUUCUCAUGGGAACAUCAAUGAUAAUAGGAGACGGUAUUCUUACCCCAGCAAUUUCAGUGAUGUCAGCUGUGAGUGGGCUGCAGGGUGAAUUAGAAGGAUUUGGCACAAAUCUGUCUACAGAUGCUGUGGUCAUUGUCUCAAUUGUUAUCCUCCUUGGCCUAUUCAGCAUACAGCGGUUCGGGACUGGGAAAGUCGGUUUCCUGUUUGCCCCGAUCCUUGCCCUAUGGUUCUUUUGCCUCGGAUCCAUUGGAUUGUACAAUCUCAUUAAGCACGAUAUUACUGUCUUAAGGGCAGUGAAUCCUGCUUACAUAUACUACUUCUUCAAAAAGAAUAGUGGUUUAGCAUGGUCUGCCCUCGGUGGCUGUGUUCUCUGCAUUACAGGAGCGGAGGCAAUGUUUGCUGAUUUGGGUCAUUUUACUGUACGAGCAAUACAGGUUGCCUUCAGCUGUGUGGUAUUCCCCUGCCUCCUCUUGGCUUAUAUGGGCCAAGCUGCAUAUCUGAUGCAGUACCCAGGAUCGGCUCCAAGAAUAUUCUACGAUUCUGUGCCACGUGCUCUGUUCUGGCCUGUCUUUGUGAUAGCCACACUCGCAGCCAUGAUUGCGAGCCAAGCUAUGAUAUCUGCCACCUUCUCAUGCGUAAAACAAUCCAUGGCUCUUGGGUGCUUCCCAAGGCUGAAGAUAGUUCACACCUCAAGGAGGCUUAUGGGCCAGAUCUACAUUCCCAUUAUCAACUGGUUCCUGAUGGUCAUGUGUGUGAUUGUGGUUGCCAUAUUUCAGGGCACCACCGAUAUUGCUAAUGCAUAUGGCAUAGCUGAAGUUGGGGUGAUGAUAGUAAGCACGGCCCUCGUGACGAUCGUAAUGCUUCUAAUAUGGCAGACGAACUUAUCGUUAGCACUAUGUUUUCCGCUGAUAUUCGGAUCAGUGGAGCUCAUAUACCUGUGUGCGAUCUUAUCAAAAAUCAAGCAGGGAGGUUGGCUUCCUCUCGUGUUCGCAUUCUCCUUUUUGUGUGUGAUGUACACUUGGAACUACGGGAGUGUGCUCAAGUACCAGAGCGAAGUGAGGGAGAAGAUCUCCAUGGAUCUCAUGCUUGAGCUGGGCUCCACCCUUGGGACAGUUAGGGUCCCUGGCAUUGGUCUUCUCUACAACGAGCUGGUCCAGGGCAUUCCCUCGAUCUUCGGGCAGUUCCUCUUGAGCCUCCCUGCUAUCCACUCCACAAUCGUGUUUGUCUGCAUCAAGUACGUACCUGUGCCGGUGGUCCCGCAGGAGGAGCGGUUCCUUUUCCGGAGGGCUUGCCCCAAGGACUACCACAUGUUCCGGUGUGUUGCUCGUUAUGGGUACAAGGAUGUGAGGAAGGAGGACCACCAUGCGUUCGAACAGCUACUAGUUGAGAGCCUUGAGAAAUUCCUCAGGAUGGAGGCUGAGGACAUCGCCCUUGAGAAUGACCUGCACGAUUUUGAGCUCGACAGUGUAUCGGUGCGAUCCAUGGACCUGGGGCCUGCCGCCAGGUACAGGGCUGACGACCUCCGGGCCCCGCUCAUCCAGGGGAGGCAGUUUGAGGAAUCAGAUACUUCGGUGUCUGAAGAAGGGGGCAGCAUGCUGCCACCGAGCAUCAUGAGCUCAUCCUUGGAGGAGGACCCGGGGCUUGAGUACGAGCUGUCUGCCCUGAGAGAAGCAAUGGACUCGGGUUUCACCUACCUGCUCGCCCACGGGGACGUGAGGGCGAGGAAGGACUCCUGGUUCUUCAAGAAGCUCGUUAUAAACUACUUCUACGCAUUCCUUCGGCGGAACUGCAGGGCUGGGCCAGCGAACAUGAGCGUGCCUCACAUGAACAUUCUCCAGGUCAGGAUCACAUACAUGGUCUGAGUUCGAUCCCAUUAAUUUCAAUAGGCCUCUGCAAAUGCGAAAAACGUAUCAAUCCCGUGCCAUUUGGGUGCAUUUUGGAAACCGAUUGGCCAUCGAAUUAAUUCAAGCCGAAAAUAAAUCAUCUACUUGCAUUGUUACAUC